UCCCGGCGCGGGAAGGCGGGAGGCACUGGUAGCUGGUUUUUGCCCCUCCUUUCACGUCCUUCUUCAGCUCAGCUGGGGCCGCUCCGUGCGGAGGAACCGGGGGAGCCGCCGGGCGCUGCGGGGUCUGGGGGAGAGGGAGAGGGAGGAGAAGGAGGAGAGGCCCCGGCUUUGUGCGGUGCCUCAGGAUGAAAAUGGCCUCUCGGCGCCUCACCCGGGAAGCGUUUGAUGCUGUGGUGCAGGACAAAGUGAAAAGGUACCGCAUGGAGCGGGGCGAUGCCAUGGAGGAGCCCAUCCAUCAUUUUAAAGCUCCUCCGAGGCUGGUCCUGCGACCAAGGUACGAAGAGAGCUUUCACGAUGAUGGAAGAUACGCUCACGACAACGCCCAGCACCAUCCACACGAUGACUGGAACGAAGACCCAAGAGACAACUAUCCAGGACCUUCCUACAGAUCUGCUAGUCCUCUCAUAAGAAAAGAUAACUAUUACCAUGAACAGUAUGGCCACCCGGCUUCUCGUGACCGGGAAUAUGGGCGUCCAGCUUCACAUGACCGGGAGUAUGGACAUCCAGCAUCUCGCAAUCGGGAGUAUGGGCGCCUGGCUUCCCAUGACCGGGAAUACGGACGCCCAGCUACCCAUGACCGGGAAUAUGGAGGUGUGGCUUCUCAUGACCAGGACUACGGCCCUCCUGAUUCUUGGGAAUCCACCCACGAAACUGACUUUAGUUCUUCAGAUAUUUUAGGUGAUUUUAGAUCACCAGGACUCAUGGAAGAUGAAUAUGGCAACAUGGAAAAUCAGGAGUAUGAUGUGGACUUUGGAAUGCAAUCUGACGGCGAGUUCCGACCCCCGAUACGGAGGGGCAACCUCGGCAGGGGAAGAGUUCUGCGAGGAAAGCGUAUUACGAGGGGUGUUAUUAAGACUAAAGUUUUCAAAGGAGAUAUCAAACCUCCCCUGAAGAAAUGGAACACUAAAAAGCUGCCUCCAGGCCCCGAUCAGAAGCCGGACGCACAACCUGAUCAACUCCCAGAAGCUGCUGAACAACCCAACCAGAGGCCGUUGACUGUCCAGCGCCCUAAUCAAAAGCUGCCUCCACGACCUAAUCAGAGGCCAGCAAUAAUGGCUCAGAGACCUAUUCUCAGGCUCCCAAAGCCUGCGCAUGUGUUCAGAAAUCUCAAUUUUGACCUUGUGGACAAAUCGGAUAUUUUUUCAACGUUUGGAAUAGAAAUUAUAAAAUGGGCUGGGUUUCAUGCAAUAAAAAACGAUGCCGAGUUUUCCCGGCUCUUCGGAGCGCUCUUUGAGCUAGAGACAGAAACCUGUGCUAAAAUGCUUGCUUCAUUCAAAUGCUCCUUAAAGCCAGAACACCGAGAUUAUUGUUUCUUUACCAUUAAGAGUUUACAACAUGCUGCUCUGAAAACUCCCAAAGUGGACAAUGAGUUUUUAAAUAUGCUAUUGGACAAGGGGGCUGUGAAAACAAAGAACUGCUUCUUUGAAAUAAUCAAACCUUUUGAUAAAUACAUCAUGAGGCUACAAGACCGCCUCCUAAAAGGUGUUACACCCCUACUCAUGGCCUGCAAUGCUUACGAAUUAAGCAUUAAGACAAGCGGGUUUGGUAAUCCAAGAGAAAUGGCGAGUGCUUUUGAGACUACUGUUUCUCUCUGUCGUAAAUCUUUAGCACUUCUGGGUCAGACCUUUGCGCUGGCAUCUGUUUUUAGGCAAGAGAAAAUACUUGAAGCUGUAGGGCUCCAGGAAAUGGCUCCGUCACCAACGCUAUUCCCCAACUUCGAUGAUUCAACAUUAUUUGGAAGAGAGUACAUUGAAAACUUGAAGGCUUGGUUGGAGAAAAGUGGGUAUCCCAUCCAGAUGAAGAAAGCUGAACCAGAGUCCACAGCAGAGCUUGAAAAACCCUCUCCUGACACACAAGCUAAAACCCCACAGCGAGCGGAUCGGAAAGUGGUGGAGACAAUUGAACAGCUAGUGAACAGCAUUGUUUCAGGAACCUUGUCUGCCAAAGAGAGAAAUGCUCAAAAGAACUGCCCUGAAUAUUGGUUCUUGUCUGAUGAAGAUAGUCUAGAGUACAAGUAUUACAGACUGAAGUUGUCUGAGAUGCAGAGGCGGACGUCCUCGGGAAAGGAAGAGGGUGGUGAGGGCAAAACACUAGAAGAAUCUGCAACAGAAUCGGUCAGGGCCAUGCUGUAUGCCAGGAAAGUUGCAAGCAUUAAGAGGCGGCUAUUUAAAAGAAAAAGGUUUGGAGCUCUCACACAAUGUGGUAUUCGAGGAAGGAGGAUGAGGAGAGCAACCACAGGGACACAGACUGUGCUUUCAGCGGGGACAGUGCUCAAGCACCAGGACAAGCACCUUCAGGGGUCGGUCCAGUCGAAGCCUUCUGUGUCGGAAACCAGCCUGUCCGAGAAGAGCUCCUCCCUCGAUGCAGCCUCAGCCUCGCAGUGUGCCUCCAACUCAGAAGGGGUUCUGCCAGCGGAAGAAAGAGCAGGUUCUGAGGAUUUAUUAGCACCACCUGAACUUUUCCCACCACUGUCCUCUCAGUUUCCUGAUGUGGAUGCUAAAACAAUGGAAACUGCUGAGAAGCUUGCCAAGUUUGUUGCUCAGGUAGGACCAGAAAUUGAGCAGUUCAGCAUAGACAACAGUGCAGAUAACCCAGACCUCUGGUUUCUCCAGGAUCGAAACAGCUCUGCUUUCAAGUUUUAUCGAAUGAAAGUCUAUGAGUUAUGCCCAUCCAUUAACUUCAGCGCUGUGUCCGAAGCAGCCGAUGCUGGGGAGAGCACUAAACCUGAAGAGAGGACCUUGGAUAUUUCAGAAGAGGAAGAGGAGGAGGAAGAGGAGGAGGAAGAAGAUAAUGAGGAGGAAGCUGAGUUUGAGGAGGAUAUCUCCCAGCCUUUGGAAGAGAUGGAAAUGGAGCAAGCGGAAGAAGGAGAAGAGGAUGACAUGUCAGCAGGUAGAAGUGUGGAAAACCUAGCUGAAGAGAUGAUUUCCAGAACAGAAGAGGAAAUAUCAACAGGUGAAAUGCCACUAGCUGCAUCAUCUGAUGGUGCUGUACCAAAUCUGUCGACACAGGCAUCGGCUCCUGCUCCUGGCACCCCCUUUCCUCGCAAACGAAUCAGCAGCAAGUCUCUGAAAGUUGGUAUGAUCCCUGCAUCUAAAAGGAUUUGCCUCAUAGAAGAACCAAAAGUGCAUGAACCUGUCAGAAUUGCUUAUGAUAGGCCUCGUGGUUGUCCGGUUACAAAGAAGAAGAAGAAACCAAAAGAUUUAGAAUUUUCCCACAAGAAGCUGACCAACAGGAAUGUGGGUUUCCAGAUGCUCCAGAAGAUGGGUUGGCAGGAAGGACACGGCCUUGGUACACGAGGAAAAGGAAUCCGAGAGCCUGUGAAAGUGGGUGCUACCUCUGCAGGGGAGGGCUUGGGUGUUGCAGGGGAAGAAAAUAAAGAAGAUGCAUUUGAUGUUUUCCGUCAAAGAAUGAUUCAAAUGUACAGGCAGAAAAGAGCAAGUAAAUAGGUUUGACAUAAGAGACUCGCUCUCUAGAAAGCGCACGGAUAUGCAAAGGCUGCUGUGGGAAAGACCUGCGGCAGAGUAUGCCAGUACGAAGAACGCUUUGUUUUAUAGUAGCGGACUUGAACACUAAUGUAUUUAAACACUUUCCAAGAUUAAAGUUAGUCUUGUAUUUAAUUGUGCAAGCUAACAACUUGGAUGUCAUCUUCUGAGGAAGAAACAGCUGAUUUUGUUCUCGGAAGUGCCUGUUUACCUCUCUCUUUGGCCAAGGUUGCCUGUUAUGUGAUGAGAUGACUUAGCACAAAACAGAAUAAGCAACAUGAAAAAUAUGCCUAGCCUGUUUUGGCUUGGAUCCUUUCUGAAGUUAAGAACCUUCUCAAAUUCAGAUCUUCUUGCAAGGCAGUUCAGAUUUUAUUUUAUUCCAUUUUACGGAUGGGCUGAUCUGAUCUACUUCUGGAUGCUGUGUAAAGCAGUUUCCUUUCCUCCAUAUGCCAAUUUUAAGAAGAGCCUCUACCUGCGUGCUUAUUUUAUAUAGGAUUCUAAACUUUAAGUGUAGGGUGAAUAACUGGGCUCAUCUGAGUCUGAGAACACUAAACUCUUCCUUUAAAACCUUGGCUGCUAAGGUUUUUGACUGUAAUGAACAGGUAGUACCUAUUUUAAGUAUAUUUUUUAUUUAUACGCACACUUGCAGCUCUUCCCCCAACAAAUUCUUGCAUAAUUUCUUUGCCUCUCAAAGAAGGUUAAGCCAUGAGCAGGUCCUAUCUAUGUGUCUGCAGAAAAUACUGAAGAAGACACUUAGAAGUCAUCUGGAAAUGGAUCAUCAGUUUUAUAAGACCAUCAUUUCUGUUUCUGUUUAAGGUUUGCUUUGCAGAAGUUCUUUUAUUGAAAAAUCCCAAGAAAUAUGACAAAAAGCUUGUCCUUUAAGGGACUUUACCAGAACUUGCUGAAAAGAGAAGACUGGAUUAAUCUACUGUGCUUCAACAAAAAGCAUUACCUCUCUGGUGAAGCAUGACGUGAAAGAUUUAGCAGUGUUACCACAAACAAACAUUCAAGGUCUGAUCAUUCAUCUUUUCUCGACUUGCACAUCAAUGAGGGAACUGUGCCUGGAUUAUUGAGAGGGACAGAAUUUAAUACCACACUCUUUAGUGUACUCCUUCUCCAUCAUUGCCUUUCUAAAACUAGCCAGGAGUCUUCACUUGAAUGUUAGAGCACCCAAACCUUCCUCAGUGAAGUUCUCUUAAAGGAGUGGAGCAUGAGCUGACGCAUGUUUUGUGGCAGUGAGUGCUGUCUUGCCGAUGUUUCCAUCCCGCACCACGGUUCUUGUAGAGCACAGAGCGUGUGGGACACCACUAAUAGCACCCCAUGGUCCCGAGGCAGCAUCUCCAGUUCCUAACUGACAAAUAUGUAAGAAAACGUGUUCUUCAGUUACCAACUUGCCUGUGCCUGCUGUUUAAAGAACGAAAUUAUAUUCUCUCUUCAUUAAAAGCCCUGCCGGUUGAAAGGGAGCGUCUUCCCUUUCAUUCCAUAGCAACAAACUUUUCCUUGCUUGUAACAACCAGUUUUAGUUUAUGAAUGCAAGGGUUUUUUUCUCUUUACUGCAUGGAUCUUUGAAACCACAAGAAAAACAAUCGUGUCAGUGCAAUUUUCUGAUGGCUCAGUUUUAGUUGCCUUGAAGCACGUAAUCACCAAAUAAACCCACGAUGGCAGGUUAAGAAAAACACGCUGGUAGUUCUGGUUUUCCAUGAGCAUCAUGUGUUUCUUCGCAUUUACGUUACAAGAAGUUGAAGCAUGAAGGCUAUAAAAUACAAAGGAGUUUAUCUGUCUGUCAGGCUUGAUUAAGGAUGUUUCGUAGCCCAGAACAUUUCUCAUAGGCUUUACUCAGACGUUUAAAAUCCUUAACUGUUUUGCACCUCAGGCUGCUUGAAAGAUCAUCAGUUGCAGUAUUUGGCAGUGGAUGCUUACCUGUUAAGUUCCUAUUUGGGUGUGUUCUUUGCUGCCCCUCUUUCUUUCCUGUGCCCAAUUAGUACUUACAGUGUAAAAUGAGCCUUUUUAAAGGCAAUCUGCCAGUCCCAGGUUUAGAAUGACACUGGAACCGGUAUUGUUGGCCUCCAGGUUAUUUCUCAGACCCGCUCCAGAGGCUUGAGCUGUUCUUUUGGUUUCAGUGAUGAGGCUGCCGGUGUUUCUGUUCACAAUUUUUAUGUCCCCACAAACUUCCAGUUCCUCUCUUUGUAUUUUGGAAGGUUUCUUGAUUACGUGUUACACUAUGCAGGAAGGCAGGAGGCGAGGUGGAGCUUCACACGAGAUCAAAAUCCACUCUCAGCCCCCAAUGAGUGUUCUGCACUGCUCCAAUUUAACCUGAGGUGGUUGGGCACAGUGCUAUUUGGGGCACGUUUGAUAAAUGCUUGCUUACCCAAUCUGGGAGAAGCGUUGGGAUCCCGACUGGAAAAAGGUGCCGUCCUUUCCAAGUGCAAUUCAGUUUAGAGUAUAACACUACCUUGAGAAUAAAGGUGACCCUUGGGCAAACCCUAACCUGCUGCCCUGGAUUGCUGUGGAAUGGUCUGUCCUUCUUGUGCCAAACUUUAAUUUUGGACAAGGUCUCGGUAGAGCAGUGCUGGUGCUGAGAUUCCAGUGUUGCUCUCCAGUGGGUUACCCUUUGCCCCUUUUUAUUUUACCAAGAGAUGACUUUACACUCCUUUUGCAAAAGGAAUUUCCUUUGAUUUUGACCUGCUUUUGCAGGCAGCUCUGAUUUGCCAGUUAUAAAUACUUGUAGAUGUGAAACAUUUGUUAUGCAGAUGCAUUGCCUUGUUUAAAGUUUACUAGCUUCUUUUCUGUUAUUUUAGUUCCAGGCUCUCUUCCAUGAAGACUGCAAGCUUCAGUGAACAUUUUAACUAACUUCAGUGGUGUGUCUACUGUCUUUGGGUUGGUUUUUGCCAUUUAAACUCGUAGGGCAAUUUGCUAGUUUCUGUUCCGUGCACAUUGGCCGCAGUGCUAAGCUAGUGACGAUUAGAUGCUUAUGUUAUUGGGUAACUGACAUUUCUUUUUAGUGUAAGUAAACCUGUUAGCAUUGUUAAUCUUUUAAUAUCCGCAAUAAAUGUAGAACAAAACAGUUUUCUGGUUUAAAUGUUUUACUUGUGAAUUUGGCCAUUUGUAAGAGAUAUGCAUCAUUUUGGCACAAAAAAGUUGAACUGAGAUUAUGCGGUGUUAGAUUAGUGUAAAGCAGGAUUUUAUGGUGUGCGAGGGAAGGAAAGUCCCUCUGUUUCAGUGCUGCUAAAUGCCUCUAUUGAGAAUUCCCACUAAAUCUCUUCUGAGUUACUUCUUCAUGUGGCUUCUGGUGCAUUCAGUCCAGCGUUCCUUUCCAUAUGAACGCCAGAUCCGCUGUGCCCCAGCCAGAGCGUAAGAGUUUUACCCUUUAUUCACACAUCCCAGGAAUUAGUCGUCUUUCUGACCUUCUUCGUGUACUGGCUUAAACAACUAAUUUACUUUCUAUUUAUGUACGUGUGUGGUUUACUUACUUUACAUUCAAAUUCGUUUUUUAGACAGGAUUUGAGGGGGGAAAUAGCAAUGAGUGGGGAUUCAACGCUGGUGCAGCUGCUCUGUCGAGAGGUAAAGCAAGAGUAUUCAUUAAGUCCCUUGCGUACUGACAGCUUGGAACAGCUUUGUGGAGCCCAGGGCAAGCCCUGGCUGCACCUUUUUUCUCCUUUUCCUUAAAAAAUGUGCUGUCUACAAGGCCCUGGUUCUAGGGGAAAGGAGAUCCCCAUUUUAGGGGAGGUGCCCUAAGAGUGAGAGCUGCAGUCGGAGGAAUUGUGUUGGACUAAGGAGGUGCUUUCAUUUUUUGCCUUUGAAGCUUUCCUUUGGUGUAACACCAAUAACAUUUUUCCUAUUUAUUAUUUCAUAUUAUAAAGACACUAUGGCAUCCCUAGUGUGAACACUUCAUCCGUGCUGAGAUGCUAUUGCUCACAAAUCAGUGUAUGGCAUUUUUUUCUAUUGAUAUUCCAUUCUGCUUUAAAUUUAACCCUGAUGUGUUGUGCUCAAAGAAAGUCUGGACUCAGAAAUUCAAGUAUCGCUAUUUUGGAUUGUUUUCUAUCCUACAGGAAGGUGUAUUUUCUAAUUAAGAGUGAAUUCCUGAAAGUCCUGUGUCCUCUUUAAUCCUGCAUAUCUCGUGACUGAGUGGCCAAUCACAACCAGACUGUAGAUUUGAGCAAUAAUAAACACCUGAACUGAGAACAUGCUCAAAGAACCAUAGGGUACGUCUGAAAUCAAUAGUUUUUGUGAACCUUGUUAAGUAGGUAACUUGCUGAAUUGCAGCAAGGGUGGAAAAUGUUUGCAUUAUCUGUGGGCAAUAAAGUUACUGCUGUUUAAGAAAGUGCUGG